AUGGCUGUAUUUCUUGACUUCUUUCGAAAGGACAAACGUACAAUCCCAGAUGAGUUUUUAGGUCCACAGGAUUCACAACAGCAGAAAUAUGAGGCCGUGCCGUUGACUUACUCGGCCCAAGGUUCGGCACACACGCCCAAAUCUCAGCUACGGGCUCCUGAGAGCUCAGUUCGCAAGAAGUCCCAUAGAGAGAUUUUAGAUCGCGAGAAAUCCUUCGCUGAUGAGGCGUACAUGCGAAACCAUGCACGGUGGCGAGUUAGGCCAUAUACAUCGGAGACAUUAAGUUCACACUACAUCACAGACCGUCGUAAGCACCCGAGACCUCGCAGACCUCGAGAUCUUUUGGAGACAAAUAGGUUGCGUCUGCAAGCAAUAGCAACAAAGCAAUUGAGAGGUGGAGUUUCCCACUCUCCGUCUUGUUCGGAUAUUCCUGAGGGAAGAACCGCGACACCCGUUGCCCCGGAUGUCCAUGUCCCAAAUAGAUUGGCAAGUGUGAGGCGCAAGAAGGGAGUGGAUAAUCUGAGAGAAGUGGCAGCUUAUUUUGAGACUGCUGCUCGAGAGGCUGUUUAG